CAUGUGCAGUGCCUGUAUUUAUAAUAGCCUGUACUCCUACAAUGUGUGCAAAUUUCAGUGCUGGGCACUCUGUACCGCUCUGUAGAACAAUGUCUCACUGCUUCUAGAAUUGUUGACUGUCUGUUUCUGAGCUUAUAUGUUCUCUCUACAAUCAUAGCACUGUCAAGUCAAAUGAAUGAUAGAUUACCAAGGUGACCCUAUGAGAGACCCUGCAGUGUUGCGGACUUGUUUCUUAAGACACAGAUGGAGGGCCAGGCGCUGCCAGUUCUUGAUGAAACUGUCUUGGAUCCAGCCUGGCUACCUUGGCAGAAGGAAGCUUCAACAAGUUCAAGCUGCAGCCAAGUGGACUUCAUUUCAAAGCCAAUCACAUACCAGGAGUUCUUCUCGUCAUACCUGCGAACCAACCGUCCAUGUUUGUUUGGGAGCCAUGUGACCAGCCAUUGGCGCAGCAGGAGAGAAUGGGUGAGCGAGGAUGGAAAACCCAAUUGGGAUGCUCUAAAACAAUUGUUUGGCCAGCUGACUGUCCCUGUGGCUGACUGUAAGAAGGUGGAGUACCAGGCACAGCCCAAAUGUGACAUGACACUGGCAGAGUUCCUGCACUACUGGCAGGACUACUGCAGAAGUCAUCACAACCCUAGCAAGCCGUGUUUGUACCUCAAAGACUGGCAUUUCUGCAGGUCUGUCCCAGACUAUGGUGCAUAUGAAACUCCAGUGUACUUCCAGUCGGACUGGCUGAAUGAGUUCUGGGAUCUGCGAUACCAGGGUGAGGAUGACUACCGCUUUGUGUACAUGGGUCCGAAGGGCUCGUGGACUCCUCUCCAUGCUGAUGUUUUCCACUCCUACAGCUGGUCAGCAAAUAUCUGUGGAAGGAAACAGUGGCUCUUCUUUCCACCUGGCCAAGAGGAACAGCUGCGUGACACUACUGGAACUCUGGUGUAUGAUGUAAGAUCAGAAGAACUUCUGAACUCCAGAAGAUAUCCACACUACAGGAACACCCAGCCCAUAGAGGUUAUCCAGGGCCCAGGGGAAGUUGUGUUUGUGCCCAGUGGCUGGCACCAUCAAGUAUAUAACAUGGAAGACACAAUUUCUAUAAACCACAACUGGAUUAACUGCUGUAAUGUCCACAUGAUGUGGUCCUUCCUCCAGUCAGAGCUGGGCAGGGUACAGCAGGCCAUCUCUGACUGUACAGACAUGGACGACUGGCACGGGCACUGUCAGGUGAUGCUUAAGGCCAGUAGUGGGAUAAACUACCAGGAGUUUGUGGACUUCCUGGCGUGCAUCUCUGAGCGGAGGCUUCAUGACCUGCAGGUGUGGGACCAGGAAGGUGUGGAGGAGGGAGGAACCAGACAACAUCACCACAAACUUGACCUCUGCGUGAUAUCCUCCCUCCUGUCAGUCAUCAGGCAAGACCAGGAAUAUCAACGUUUGGGUGCAACAGUUCAGUCUAAGCUUGACUCUCUGAAAAGGACACUGGAAAAACUCAAUCCUUAAAAAUAUUAUGUGAAUAAAAUGUUCAACAAUACCUUCGCCAAAUGAUGCUAUCUUUUUGAGUGAUGUAUCAUAACUUUUUUUUCAUUGAUUAUGCAAAUAUGGACCUCAAGUAAGGUCCCACUUGCAUGAUUCAUGUCAGUAUACCAUCUUCUCAGUAUGACACCCUUAACUUAGAAAAGAAGGCUAUUCAAGCAUUUGCUCAUAUAUUAUUUAAAUGAGGCCCUCAUUUGUCUGAUAAUGACCUCAUCUACUAAUAGCUUCAAAAUGUCACAAGAAUGUAUACAUCAUAUACCACUGCUGGGACCGUCUUACAUGUGGCAGUUCCUGCACCUCUGAGACUAUGAGCAUCAGUAGAUGAGAGGGAGAAGGAAUUGUUCACCCCUCCUUCACCUCAAAAAGUCAUGAGCAGGUCAGGCAAACAGGUUGCCAAACACAUUGGGAAGUGACUUUUUGCCUGCUCAUCUGUCAAACGACAGGAGGAAGCAAAUAGUGUUAUCUCAAUGGUAACGCUGGGAUGUAUACACUGUACACAUGAAUGCUGCAGCACUAAAUCAUAGUUUGGGUCUUUCUUAACUUCAGAAUUAACUUAAGUGCAGAAUCUAUAAAAUUAAUUUAUGCAUGUCACGCAAAAACCAUGCGCAUAUUGACUGGCUACCUGUUGUGUGACGAACACGUGCAAUAUCAGACGAAGACAAAGAAGAAUGUUGUUUUUCUCAUUUGGGCAUAUAUAAAUGAAUUCAAUACAAUGUAUAUAUGAUAGUUUUCCAAGCGUGAUCAAAAAGGAAGAAUGUCUUUUAAGAUUGUUUUCUACCCCCCAUUUUUACAUGUAACAAACAAAGAAAGAAAACGAUUACGCAUGUGUAUGAUUAGUCUCGAAUAAAGCGUGCGCUGUUUGCCACCCACUCAA